AUGCUACCCCCUCCAACCCCUCUCCCCACCAGCGGCUUCUACACCAUCACUCACGACACAGCGCCCCUCGCCGUCCACCUCGAAGCCCUCUUGGAAGUGCUCCCUCCCACGACUAAGGAGCUUCUCCAAAGAUGGAGUGCUCGCGUCGGGACCAUCGACGACAUGCAGUUCAAGACCCUAGACUACGCGGUCAAGGUCCUGCAGACCCACCAGACCGACACCACGACGGUCUGCCCGCUACUUGAGGAGCUUGGGAACGCAGACACGACCGCAACGCGCAUCCUCGAGCUGUAUGACCAGGUGCAUGGUGGCCUACACGUUUUCUCGGCCGGCGGGGGCAGAACACCCUCGACGACAUCCGCAUCCGCAUCUUCGUCCUCUGUUUUGGUGGGCCGCACGAAGCCUCACGGGCGUUCCGCUAACGUGAAGAAGGACUGCCGUAACCGUGAUGGGAAUAGGUCCGUGCUGAGUCAGUUUAUGGAGGAGGAGGGGUUACAGGUCGCACACAUCAUUCCGUACUCGGCCAGCGGAGAGAAGGCGGAUAUGUUCUGGCCCUUCAUCGAGAUGUUCUUAAAAAAGGAUGGGGUGACAGCGUUGAAGGGUCUUGUCCUGGGGCCGCAAGGGACCACCGAUCAUUUGAGGAAUGUAAUGUUAUUGAGUUCCACAGAACACCAAGCCUUUGACACACAUAAAUGGGAGCUUGUCCCGGUGUUGGAGAUGCUUCCGUAUAACUCCAACACCUGCUCAGAGUACAAAGCCCGCCACAACGGCAACAUCACCGAUGGACACCUCGUCACGCUCACGACGCCCAACCCGGCGAAGCUACCAUUCCCGCACCCACUGCUCCUGCAGCUCCACAGCAUCUGCUCACGCAUCAUUUUCCUGCGGGCCAGCGCGGGGUACCCGCUGACAGUGACAGCGAGCGAUGAGAGCGACGGAGUAACCGUGUGCCAUCACCUCGAGGACCACGACCCAGUGGAAGGAGGGGCGCUGGAGAGCCUACAGCGCAAGCUGAUCGGGGUGUCGCAGGUCUUGAAAACGGAGCUGGUCGAGGCAUGGAGAGGCUCAGUUAGCCCUGCGGAGGGAGAAGGGCCAGCGCCAGAGAGGGAGCUGGUGGAGGACUCGGAGCCUGAAUCGGAAGAUAUGUCGCCAGCGCAUGGGGCGGUUGAAGUGACUUGUAGAUAG